AUGUCUCUGAGAUCAUCACAAUCGACGGCGGAGAAGAUAACAGAGGAUCCGGUGACGUACAAGACAGCACAAAGCAGCGUGACGUGCAUCUACCAAGCGCACAUAACCGGAUUCUGGAGAAACGUUAGGGUUCUUUGGUCUAAAAACCUCAUGAACCAUUCUUUGACCGUGGUGGUGACUAGCGUACAAGGCGACAUGAGUUACUGCUGCAAGAUCGAUCUAAAGCCAUGGCACUUUUGGAACAAGAAAGGAUACAAAUCGCUGGAAGUCGAAGGCAACAAUGUCGACGUGUAUUGGGAUUUUAGGUCUGCGAAAUUCAACAACAAUGGUCCUGAGCCGAGCUCGGACUUCUACGUGGCUCUCGUUUCGGAGGAGGAAGUUGUGUUGUUGAUUGGUGAUCACAAGAAGAAAGCGUUCAAGAGAACAAGGUCGAGACCUGCUUUGGUCGACGCUGCCUUGUUCUACAAGAAAGAGAAUGUGUUUGGUAAGAAGAGUUUUUCGACUAGGGCAAAGUUUCACGACAGGAAGAAAGAGCAUGAGAUCGUUGUGGAGAGCUCGAGUUCUUGUUCGAGUGCGAAGGAUCCGGAGAUGUGGAUUAGUGUAGAUGGGGUCGUGGUUGUUCAGGUGAAGAAUCUGCAGUGGAAAUUCAGAGGGAACCAGACGGUUUUGGUUGAUAAAGAACCGGUUCAAGUGUUUUGGGAUGUGUAUGAUUGGUUGUUUAGCACGCCCGGUACGGGUCAUGGUUUGUUCAUCUUUAAACCGGAUUGCGAGAUGGAAAGUGGUGAGAGUGAAACUAGCAAUGGAAGUUAUGGAACCAAGACUAGUAGUGAUUCUUCUUCCCCUGAGUUUUGUCUCUUUCUUUAUGCGUGGAAAUUGGAGUAA